CCUCGGAAGGCGGGGUUCGGACGGGUAGUUACAUGCCAAAGCAACUCGGGCAGCAAGCCAUUUUCACCUUCCUGAUUAUAAUAUACUGCAUUCUCCUUGUCAAAUUGCUUCCUCGGGUGAUACCUUGCGGGAACCGGUCUCGCAUAAUUCGUUGCCUUGUCUGCCUUGGUAAAUUAUUCCCUGGAUUCCGAGACACCCAACCGGCGAACAGAAGAACACUUUACCGUCAAAGGGGAAGAGCAACAUGGCAACACACAACAUUGUGGUUUUCGGUGGUGACCACUGCGGUCCUGAGGUUGUCGCCGAGGCCGUCAAGGUCAUCAAGGCGAUUGAGACUCACAGCCCCUCGGCCGGCAAGUUCAACCUGCAGGACCAUCUUCUGGGUGGUGCCUCCAUCAAAGUCCACAACACCCCCCUCACCGCCGAAGCCCUCGCGGCCGCUAAGUCUGCCGAUGCCGUCCUCCUCGGCGCCAUCGGCGGCCCAGAAUGGGGUCCCUCCUCGCCCGUUCGCCCUGAACAGGGCAUCCUCCAGCUGCGCAAGGAGUUGGGCACCUACGGCAACCUGCGUCCUUGCAGCUUCGCCUCGGAAGCUCUCGUCGAGUCAUCCCCACUGAAAGCCGAGGUCUGCCGCGGUACUGACUUUGUCGUCGUCCGCGAGCUGACGGGCGGCAUCUACUUUGGCGACCGCACCGAGGACGACGGGUCCGGAUUCGCCCUGGACACGGAGCCCUAUUCGCGCGCCGAGAUCGAGCGCAUUGCGCGCCUGGCCGGCUUCCUGGCCCUCGCCAAGAAUCCGCCCAGCAAGGUCUGGAGUCUGGACAAGGCCAACGUGCUCGCCACCAGCCGGCUGUGGCGCAAGGUCGUCUCCGAGGUGUUUGCCAAGGAGUUCCCCCAGCUCGAGCUCGGCCACCAGCUGAUCGACAGCGCCGCCAUGCUCAUGGUCAAGAACCCGCGCGCCCUGAACGGCGUCGUGAUUACCAGCAACCUGUUUGGCGAUAUCAUCAGCGACGAGGCGUCGGUCAUUCCCGGUAGCAUUGGUCUGCUGCCGAGCGCCAGUCUGGGCGGGAUCCCGGACGGCAAGAGCAAGUGCAAUGGCAUUUACGAGCCGAUUCAUGGCUCCGCUCCCGAUAUCUCCGGCAAGGGCAUUGUCAACCCCAUUGGCACCAUCCUCUCUGUCGCAAUGAUGCUGCGCUACUCGCUCAAUCUGCCCAAGGAGGCGGCCGCCGUUGAGGCUGCCGUCAAGCUCGCCAUCGAUAACGGCACAAGGACCAAGGACCUGGGCGGUAAUGCUGGCACGGCCGAGAUGGGCGAUGCUGUUGUUGCCGAGCUGGUGAAGCUGCUCAAGGCUUGAGUUGGUCGCUCGACCUCGGCGAGCAAUCAGUGAGUUUUGGGAGUGGUAAUAUGCAACGACUUACAUUGGGAAAAAAA